CAUCUCUCUCCUCUUCCUCCUUCUUCCUCUGAGGUUGGGGAGUGGAGUUCUCCCUACUCUGGAAAGCAGGGAACAGGAGCAGGGAGCAGUGGCUGCAGAAGCAAAGGGGAAGGUUCCAGCAGGGAACUCCUCUGGGCCUCAGGGGCCCUGGCACUUCACUCAGCCCAGCUCAGCUCCUGGAACACCAGCGAGGUUGCGCAAAAGGCGAGGAGGAGAGAAACAGCAGUACACAAGGGUGGAGGAAAGGUUAGACACAGGAAGCCGUGGGAGAGGCAGCGUGGCAGACCAUCCCGAUUGCCCCAGACACUCCAUUGUCUCCUGGGGAGACCUGUCGGUGAGGUCCUCGGCUUCUCAAUCAAGAAGGGGCUUCCUGAGUUCCUCUUGGCCAUCCCCCCACCCUCAGGCAGGCUAUUUCCUCUGUUUUCUUCCCAGCUGACUGGCCAAAUGGUGUGGAGUGCCAGCCACGUGCUGGGCGCCAAGCAAAACAGCCAGAGUGAGUGUGUGCAUCAUCAGCGCCUAGGAAGGAAGGCCACCAAAAGAAAGCUCAUAAAUGCCCCAGACAUGAGCCAGCCCAGGCCCCGCUACUUGGUGGACCGAGCCGCAUACACUCUCACCCUCUUUGAUGAUGAGUUUGAGAAGAAGGACCGGACAUAUCCACUGGGAGAGAAACUCCGCAAUGCCUUCAGAUGUUCAUCAGCCAAGAUCAAAGCUGGGGUGUUUGGGCUACUGCCAGUGCUCUCCUGGCUCCCCAAGUACAAGAUUAAAGACUACAUGGUCCCUGACCUGCUUGGUGGACUCAGUGGUGGAUCCAUCCAGGUCCCACAAGGCAUGGCAUUUGCUCUACUGGCCAACCUUCCUGCUGUCAAUGGCCUCUACUCCUCCUUCUUCCCCCUCCUGACCUACUUCUUCCUGGGGGGGAUCCAUCAGAUGGUGCCAGGUACCUUUGCCGUUAUCAGCAUCCUGGUGGGUAACAUCUGUCUGCAGCUGGCCCCAGAGUCGAAAUUCCAAAUCUACAACAACAUCACCAACAAAAGCUAUGUGGACAUAGCAGCCAUGGAGGCUGAGAGGCUGCACGUGUCAGCAACCCUAGCAUGCCUAACUGCCAUCAUCCAGAUGGGCCUGGGCUUUGUGCAGUUUGGUUUCGUGGCCAUCUACCUCUCCGAGUCCUUCAUCCGGGGCUUCAUGACAGCCGCUGGCCUGCAGAUCUUGAUCUCGGUGCUCAAGUACAUCUUCGGACUAACUGUCCCCUCCUACACAGGUCCAGGGUCCAUCGUCUUUACUUUCAUUGAUAUUUGCAAAAACCUCCCCCACACCAACAUUGCCUCGCUGGUCUUCGCUCUCAUCAGUGGAGCCAUCCUGGUGCUGGUGAAGGAGCUUAACGCACGCUACAUGCAUCGGAUCCACUUCCCCAUCCCCACUGAGCUGAUCGUGGUGGUGGUGGCAACAGCUGUCUCAGGGGGCUGUAAGAUGCCCCAGAAAUACCACAUGCAGAUCGUAGGAGAGAUCCAGCAUGGGUUUCCCACUCCUGUGUUGCCUGUGGUUUCGCAGUGGCAGGACAUGAUUGGCACAGCCUUCUCCCUGGCCAUCGUGGGCUAUGUCAUUAACCUGGCGGUUGGCCGGACCCUGGCCAGCAAGCAUGGCUAUGACGUGGACUCCAACCAGGAGAUGAUUGCUCUGGGCUGCAGCAACUUCUUUGGCUCUUUCUUUAAAAUCCACGUCAUCUGCUGUGCUCUCUCUGUCACCCUAGCCGUGGAUGGAGCUGGAGGGAAGUCCCAGGUGGCAAGCCUGUGUGUGUCCCUGGUGGUGAUGAUCACCAUGCUGGUCCUGGGGUCCUAUCUGUACCCGCUCCCCAAGUCUGUGCUAGGAGCUCUGAUUGCAGUCAACCUAAAGAACUCCCUCAAACAGCUGGCUGACCCCUACUACCUGUGGAGGAAGAGCAAGCUGGACUGUUGCGUCUGGGUGGUGAGUUUCCUCUCCUCCUUCUUCCUGAGCCUGCCUUAUGGUGUGGCAGUGGGUGUCGCCUUCUCCGCUCUGGUUGUGGUCUUCCAGACUCAGUUUCGAAAUGGAUACGCCCUGGCCCAAGUCAUGGACACUGACAUUUAUGUGAACCCCAAAACCUACAACAGGGUUCGAGAAAUUGAAGGGAUUAAGAUUAUCACUUACUGCUCCCCCCUCUACUUUGCCAACUCGGAGAUCUUCAGGCAAAAGAUCAUUGCCAAGACAGGUGUGGACCCCCAGAAGGUCUUGCUGGCUAAGCAGAAGUACCUCAAGAAGCAAGAGAAGGGGAGGAGGAUGCCCACGCAGCAGAGGAAGUCCCUAUUCAUGAAAACCAAGACCAUCUCCCUGCAGGAGCUCCAGCAGGACUUUGAAAAUACCUCUCCCACGGACCCUAACAACAACCAGACGCCAUCCAAUGGUGCAAGUGUGUCCUACAUCACUCUCAGCCCUGAUAGCUCCUCUGCUGCUCACGGAGAGACACCGGCUGCUGCUGAGGCACCGGGUGAGCCCCUGGACCUGCUGGCCAGUGUACCACCUUUCAUCACCUUCCACACCCUCAUCCUGGAUAUGAGUGGAGUCAGCUUUGUGGACCUGAUGGGCAUCAAAGCCCUGGCCAAGCUGAGCACCACCUAUGGGAAGAUCGGGGUGAAGGUCUUCUUGGUGAACAUUCAUGCCCAGGUAUACAAUGACAUCAGCCAUGGAGGUGUCUUUGAAGAUGGGUGUGUAGAGCACAGUCACAUCUUUCCUAGUAUACACGAUGCAGUCCUCUUUGCCCAGGCAAAUGCCAGAGCCGUGGCUCCAGAACAUGACUUCCAAGAGGCUCCAGUGGACACUGAACUGUCCUUGUACGAUUCAGAGGAGGACAACCCCAGCUACUGGGACUUAGAGAAGGAGAUGUUCGGGAGCAUGUUCCAUGCAGAAACCCUCACUGCCCUGUGAAUUCCCAGGCCCCACACUGCCUCCUGAAUGCCAGGCUCCUGGGACUUCUGGAAGAAUAAGCCUGGGAUUGUAAGGAGUGGUGGGGAAAGGAGUGCGCCACCCCCAAGAUUCUCCUCCUUCUCUCUUGGCAUCACUAGAGCAAGCCAAUCCAGCAGCAGGGCAAGUCACCUCUUCCCCUGACCCUGACCCCUAGGAGCCCAAUCAGCUAAGCCCCUGCCCACUCUGCCACUCCCACCCUAUCCUGCCCAUGGCAGCUGAUGGGACCCCUGACUUCUGAACCCUGUGAGCCAAGGAAAGAGGGAAAGUAUGACUGCUGGCCUGAAAUACAAGCUUCAAGAGGGUUCUUGGGCCUGCAUGCCUUAAUGUCACAGGGUGUCACAGGGUGUCACAUUGUCACAGGACACAAGAACAAACUUGAUUAGGACUCUGUGACUUGUCCCUUCCCCACUUACCCACACUGUCCUGGCAGCUCUAUGCCCCACAAUCCUGUGUACCCUUCCUCCUCAUCUCAAGGCAGCUUGGACUUAUCCAGCCAUCAGAUUCUAACCUGGCAGGUGACAGAGUCCUCAAGGCCAUCAGAGCUAUCAGUGUACCAGCCUCCUAAAGCAUUUUUCACUAGCCUAUCCUUGGAGGCUGCUCCCUUCCAUUUGAAAACUGGGAAGGAAACCAAGGGCACAGGCAGAAUCCUCUGGCAACAUAGCAACAGGUACUAGUUAACCUGCACAAAAGCUUUUGGGAUCCUUUUUUUGUACUUGGACCUCCUAUGGGGGAGAGGGUGCUAAGUGCCAACCCAAGGUGAUCCAGGGAACUCUGGUCCCUGAGAGCACCCCCACCCUGACCUCAAAGCCCAUCUGGAAAAUACCUUCCCCACUCAGGAAAUCUUUCAUGUCCUUCUUCAUGUGCAAAGAAUCAAUGACAUGAUUCUCCUUUUUUGGCCUGUGGCACCAGGCCUUCAGGCAAAGGAGGAAGUCCCCAUGUGACCCUUUAUGCAGACCAUGGAGAAGGGUUGAGAUGAGUGGUUCUUCCUGUCCAGGAGUGCCUCCAUAAACUCAGGACAUGAGGCCACCUUCUUCUGGGGAAAGUAAGAAGAGGGGCUGUGUCCUCAACUAGAUAAGGAAGUAGCUAGACCCCUCCCCCCCACUGCUGACUUGAAAACCUUUCCCAUUUGCAAGUGUUUUGGGGGAAAAAAUCUGAGAAAAUGCACAAGACACCUGCUGGUCUCUCCCCACUGCUUCUACCAAGCUCCUUCAACUUCAGGAACCCUGCCAAAUAGGCUGGGCUGGCCCUGCCUCCAACUCCUGACAUCUACCUGAUCCAUGCUGUGUGUCUAUCUGAGCACUGAGUGGGCUGGUCCACUAGCAAGUCCUCCUAGAGUUAAAGGAAGAGGCUGCUGGUGAAAAGCCAGCAGAUUCUUGGCCUCCAAGUGUUGCUUCUCUGUGAAUCUAUUAUGCCACCUAACCACCAAUGGAACUCAAAACUUGGAAGGCAGAAGACAAUGUUAUCUGGGAUUCACUGCGUGCAUUACCAGAGUGCCAAAUUCCAGAAGGAUGAGAGCCUUCACCAAUGACAACUCGCCCUCCCAGAAUCCACCUCUUUCCAAAUCCAGCUCAGGCUGGAGAGGUGGGGGAAGGUCAGAGAGCCUUAGGAUAUUGCAAGUCAGAGUCCCCUCUGAUCCAAGUAUCUGGAUCCUGAGGACUUGAAAAGACUACUAAGUGCCACCACACCCAGAUUUGCCAGGGAUUUGGUGGCAUGGUGGGUGUGGCUUUAGGAAGACCCCUCCGUGGUGUACAAGGGAGCAGGUGAGAUUGGACACAAUGGGGGUGAGAUUAGACAUAUGGAGGGAAGAGAAAGACAUUGAACUUCACUGUUGGAAUAUUUUGGAAAGAACACAGACUUGCACAGACGGCUCUCAGGGCAAGAAUGAGAGUAAGGUAGAGGAAGAAUCCAGAAUUUCAAUACUUUUUGAAUGUUCUUAGUGAUAAUGACAUGUGGUGAUGUAGUCCUCAGGACAGACUGGGACUCUUGAGAUAUUUGUGUAACUUAUUUAAUUUAAACACUGUUCUCCUUUUGUUUUGUUAAUAAAGUAGUUUUUGCAAUGUGGACAAA